AUGUCAGCACCUCCAUUAUUACGUCCUCCUGGAAGUAAGAACUCCAAAUCUCCAAUGUUUAAACUACCCACAUUAUCAAUAAAUAAUGCACCACCAAAACUGACUAUUGAUACAACAUCAAAUGAUCCAUCAUUUAACCCAAAUAAUGUUCCAAAUAAUGGAUUUGAAAAUAAUUCAUCUGCAUCGUCAUUAUUAUCAACAACUAAUAGAUUAUCAACUUUAGAUAUAACGGAAAAUCAUUCCACUGCUACACCAUCAACAACUACAUCAGAAGUUAGUACUGGAGUUUUCAGUGCUGAUAUUAUAAAAGAAAUUGAUUCAACUUCAAGACAUUCACAUAAACAAUCGGAUUCUCAAUCUUCAAUUUCUUCAAUGGGUAUACCAAUAAAUUAUAAAGAUUCAUUAUCAACAGCAUCAACCACAACAUCAUCAACCACAAAUGCACCAUCAUCAUCAAUAGUACCAACACCAAAUACUCAUACUCAUGAAUCUAAUGAUCUUGGUGAAUCAACAUUAACUCAAAGUCAAUUAGAAUCAAUAUCAUCAUAUAAAGAUGUUAAUGAUCUUGAUGAAGAAGAAUGGAAAAUUGUUAGUAAAAAAGGUGAAAUUAUUGAAUUAGGUGUAUUAGGUGAAGGUGCAGGUGGUAGUGUUAGUCGAUGUAAAUUAAAGAAUGGUUCUACAAUAUUUGCAUUAAAAUAUAUUAUAACUGAUCCAAAUCCUGAAACUCAAAAACAAAUCUUGAGAGAAUUACAAUUUAAUAAAAGUUGUAAAAGUCCUUAUAUUGUUAAAUAUUAUGGUAUGUUUUUAAAAGAAGAAAUUGCAUCUAUAUGUAUUGCAAUGGAAUAUAUGGGUGGUAGAUCAUUAGAUUCCAUAUAUAAAAAAGUUCGUGAACGUGGUGGUCGUAUUGGUGAAAAAGUUUUGGGUAAAAUUGCAGAAAGUGUAUUAAAAGGAUUAUCAUAUUUACAUGAACAUCGUAUUAUACAUAGAGAUAUUAAACCACAAAAUAUUUUAUUAGAUUCAGAUGGCAAUAUUAAAUUAUGUGAUUUUGGUGUUAGUGGAGAAGUUGUUAAUUCAUUAGCUACUACAUUUACUGGAACAAGUUAUUAUAUGGCACCUGAACGUAUCCAGGGGCAUCCAUAUUCUGUAACAAGUGAUAUUUGGUCAUUAGGUUUGACAUUAUUAGAAGUUGCAAUGGGUAAAUUUCCUAUUGAAUUAGAAAAUGGUAGUGAUGAUUUUGCAAAUGUUUCACCAAUUGAAGUUUUAACUUUAAUUAUGACAUUUACACCAAAAUUAAAUGAUGAAUUAGAUAUUAAAUGGUCUGAAGCAUUUAGAUCAUUUAUAAAUUAUUCAUUAAGGAAAAAUUCAAAUGAAAGACCAAGUCCAAGACAAAUGUUAUCACAUCCUUGGGUUUUAGGACAAAGUAAAAAAACUGUUAAUAUGGGGAAAUUUGUUAAACAAUGUUGGGAUGAUAUUUAA